UAAUGGCUUACGUACGGAAGUCUGGCGGGGUGGAGAACAAAGAAAAAAAAGUGAAAAAAAAAACCAAAGAAAAACAGCCAGUAGAAGUUAAGAAUGAAAAGAUAGUCGCAAUUGAUGAUAGCGAAGACAUUUUUGCAGAUUCUGGAAGGGACUAUCAAGUUACUGUAGAUGAUGAAAAGUCCAAAGAGAAGGUUGCGGAUGAUGUUGCACCUUCGGUUAGUUCAGAAAUCGACAAUAGUGAUAAUAAUUACUUCGGUACGUCCGUGGCUGAGAUUGAAGACGAUCCAAUGGACGUUGACAAAUCACAAGAAGUUCAGAAAUUGCAAAGUCUGAUACAACAAGCUGCAGCCAACGGAGUCAAGAACACCGAGGAAAAUUCCGGUGCAAGUCCAGGAAAAGAAAGCUCGAGAUCCGUAAAAGGAGAAGGAAUCAAGAAAAGGUUGUAUGGUCAAGAUAGUUAUGAUGGAGACUAUUCAACAUAUGGUCUUGGAAUUGACAUGGUAGCAGGAACGCGAGAAAGUGCUUAUGAUUCUG